ACACUCAUCUACAUCAUGACCUUCACCAUCUUCUCCAUCACCUGCUUUGCUCUGGUGGCUUCUGCUCUGGGUUGUGGAGUGCCUGCGAUUAAGCCACAGACGAUCGGCAGCAGGAUUGUGAACGGACAGAAUGCCAUCUCUGGUUCUUGGCCCUGGCAGGUCUCUCUUCAGCUGCCCAGUGGUUUCCACUUCUGUGGAGGAUCCCUGAUCAACCAGAACUGGGUUCUCACUGCUGCCCACUGCCCUGUCGUGGUCGGCUAUCACCGUGUCAUUCUUGGAGAACAUGAUCGUGGCUCCAGUGUUGAACCCAUCCAGGUCAAAUUAGUUUCCAAGGUCAUCACCCAUCCGCUCUACAGCAGCAUGACUAUCAACAAUGACAUUGCUCUGCUGAAACUGUCGUCUCCAGUCACACUGACUCCCCGUAUCUCUCCUGUAUGUCUGGCUCCAUCAGCCCUCAGCAUCCUGCCUGGAACCCGCUGCUUCACCACUGGCUGGGGUAGAACUGCCACCACAACGAGCCCACUGAUCCUACAGCAGACAGGUGUACCCAUCAUAAGUCCUGCUUUGUGCAAGCAGAUCUGGGGUCAGAACACUAUCACUGAUGCCAUGAUCUGUGCUGGAGCCUCUGGUUCCUCAUCUUGCCAGGGUGAUUCUGGUGGUCCUCUGGUGUGUGAGCGUUCAGGGGUCUGGUCUCUGGUGGGCUCUGUGUCCUGGGGAAUAAACACUUGUGACACCCGUUUCCCUGGAGUCUACGCCCGCAUCUCCCAACUGCGCUCCUGGAUCGACACGACUAUCGCUUCCAACUAGAGCACCAUUCUGAGUAUUUAUCCUCCAGAGGAGAAAAAUUAAGUUUUAAGUCAUUAAUAUGUAAUACAGCUGAUCUCUGUUCGUGGUGUUUUUUCAGUCCGUCUGUGGUUCCAGUGAUCUGGCAUGUUACUGUUUUCUUGUUCCAGCUGUACAAACAUUUUAAUAAAAGAUAAAUAAAAAAAAUUAAGUGUUCUGAAGAGUGAAUUAUUUUUAACCCAUCUGUGGGGGAAAAUGACCCCUUGGUACAAAUGAGUCAUGAAAACUCUUUAAUAAAUACAUUUUUCAUACUUGGUUUAUAGUUUAUGUCAUUGUCACUUAAACUAUGGUAAUUGUUAUGGACUUAUUUAACUUAGGCUACACAGUCCUUACGGGGGUCGUUUUCCCCAA